GGGAAAAGCUAAGAGAGUCCGGAGGUGGGGGAAUGUGAGCUAUCGCGAUUGGGGGAAGCUGUCGCGAUUGAGGCAGCGGACCUUCCCAGCGCAAGGGCCCGUUUUACCACAAGCCGAGCAGCGAAACAGCUCAUUAUGACCACAGAGACCUUUGUGAAAGAUGUGAAGCCUGGACUGAAAAAUCUCAGUGUGAUAUUUAUUGUCCUCGAAACAGGCAGGGUAACCAAGACAAAGGAUGGUCAUGAAGUUAGAACUUGCAAAGUGGCUGACAAAACGGGAAGCAUCAACAUCUCUGUCUGGGAUGAUGUGGGGAACUUGAUCCAGCCCGGGGACAUCAUCAGGCUCACUAAAGGAUACGCCUCUGUAUUUAAAGGCUGCUUGACGCUUUACACAGGACGAGGUGGUGACUUACAGAAGAUUGGAGAAUUCUGUAUGGUUUAUUCAGAGGUGCCCAACUUCAGUGAACCAAACCCUGAAUAUGUCGCCCAACAAUCCCAAGGCAAACAGACCCAGGCAGAAAGUACAACGGGAAACGCUAAUCACAACUCAUCCAGCAACCCAGCUACACCAGCCACAGACUUACCUAACGGUAAUGGCAAUAACACCCCAGGACCAACCACCCACCAACCCUCAACAACUAGUCAUCCAUCUGGUGGACGGAUCACACGCAGCCAACCCAACCACUCAGUUCCUGGAGCCUCCAAUUCAGUCAGUAACGGAAAAGAGACUCGUCGCACUGGAAAAAGAUAGCAGCCUCUCCCAACUCUUCCUCCCAAACCACAGGCUCCAAAUGAGCAAGUGGAGGGACAUUGUCAUCCCCUUAAUCUAUUACCAGAAUAGAUCAAAACACCUCUUUGUCUGCAUAAUUUGCCGAACACAAGAGGUGAAGGAAAGCCAGAGUUCGGGGGAGUCUUGCAGUUAUUGGAGGUAAUUCAGUCUUGUUACCCAAAAGCACUGGUGUAACACUAAAGCCAGGAUGCAAUGCCCUAAGAUGAGAUGGGAUGGCACAGCUCAAAGUUUAAAUUGCGAAGUUUUUAAAGGCUAUUGUAAAUUGCAGAGUUCCAAGCUAUGAUGAUUAAUGAUCAAUGGCCUACACUGACUGUCACAAAAAUGUAAAAAGCUUUUACAUGCUUACACCUUUACAGUUAAUUCAUAUAAUAGGCAGGCAACCGGAAAGCACAUGGGCCUCUUCCUUAUUUCUGAUGCCAAGGUUACCAUGUUGUUAAUUCCCGCAUUUUAUGCGUUGGGAUGACGAUCAAAUAAGAGAGUCACUGGCUGACGACUUUGCCUAAAAUAACCCUUUUAACCAGCAUGAUUCAUUCAAAUCACGGGCAGUAUAGGAUCUCUCUCAUAGACGUAAGAAAAAUGGCCUUAUUAUCCCAAGAGAAAAUUGGUCAAAGUGGAUUCCUUUUACUGGGCCAACAUAGGAAAACAUGUAACGCUGCAAUGGCUUUCGGAUCCUCAGAUGUUCCAGCUGAAUAAGAGACCUUUGAGGCCCCAGAAAGCUUAUGUAACUUUGGGAGUAUAAACACAUGAAGUACAUGUAGGGAUCCCGUUUCACAUCAGCUGGAUACCACAGGUUUUACUUCUCCAUUUUAUCAGAAUGUUGAUGAAUGAAACUAUGCUUUUAUAUCCUAUAGAUAAUACGCAUAUCUGAGAUUUUACAAAAUUCGUAUUAACAGAAAAUGGAUUCCCAAUUUGGGAAACACAAUCCAAGUAGAAAGAAAAUAUCCUUAUAGUUGAGGAUUUGAUACAUCAGCAUCUUAUAUUACAAUUUUUAAUUUAAAGUGCCAGUAUUUACAUUCAAGCCCCUGAUUUAAGUCAGCAGCUCAACAUUUGCAGGAAGGUUGUGAUUACUUUUGUGAAUGAAACAGUGGUGAUCACCAUCUUGGGAGAGUAGAGUUCCCCUGGAUUUUAGCUUUCUUGGUGAAUAUUCCCAUAUGACACCACUGUUCUAACAACGUUUAGAGGCCCUUUCUUGCAUAAAUCAUGUUUAUGACAGGGGUGGCUUUAUAACUGGCUGGUGGCCUUGUAUGACAAUUGCUGAUUGUGAUAUGUAUUGAAUGUAAGGACAAUUAUCCACAAAGAAAAGAAAA